AUGUCGGCCAACCGCGAGCAUCGUAUUGCGGGCGCCGUCGACAGCCUAAUUGCCCACCUGAUACCCAACGAUCCCCGCGAAGACGAUGCAGCCGCCCAGGAAAGGCAUGACAACUGCUUCGAGCUAGUUAAGACGAUUUUGGAAGGCCCCGCGUCCCCCGCCAUUUCCUCAGAUGUCAACCACGCCUCAGACUUGAUCAAGCGGAAACUCAUUCAGAGCAAUCCAAGCCAGGCCCUGCGCUUCUCAAACCUCUACACGCGUCUUCUAUCUUUGCCAGUUCUCGGUCAAAAAUGGGCCAUCUUAUACCUCCUCUACCAGCUUGCCGACUCUCCAGACCCCAAUGAACCGCUACCCCUCGAACCCCCGAAGCCACCGUCACAGGCACAGCGCGAUCCCUUUAGGAAACACGAAAGGGAAUUAUCCUCAAAAACUUCAACACCAAUAUCGAGACAAGAUGAGGAACAAUUCAAUGACGCUUUUGCUCCCGAGGGACUGAAGAAGUUCCCCCCCAAGCACCCGAGAACAAAGUCAGUUGACGAGAAGAAACUAGAAGAAAAGGAAGUCGAAGUUGAUGAUGACGAGGAGAGCAAGAGGCGGGUUGCUUUGAAGUCGACACUGUUGGCGGACAACUAUGUCGAGAUUGAACCGUCGGAAACAGUCCUCCUGAGAGACCUGCCAUUUACCCUUCAAGGUCUCUCGUCCACCACACUCCCACUCUCAAAACCAGACACGGUCACAUUACCACCAACAUUACCAUCUCCGAUCAUUUCUCUCCUACAUACAGUAUCCGAGCCUUCAUUGCUAUACCGACGGCUAGAUGUCUUUGUCAAAUCACCCGCCCAAGGUCUCCUGCGACAGAGUCUUCGGGCAGCAAUAGGCGGUGAGUUGCGAUCGUAUCUCAGUCUAGUUGCGACUCUCGAGGGACAGAUCCGUAGAGCGCUUUCGUCGUUGGACGAGUCUGCGCCUAGGGGUGGUAUAGGCAAGGCAGGUGUUACUCUGAAACGAUGUGUGGUGUGGACGCGGGAGGCUACCAUGGGCUUAAGGCUUAUGAGCCUUAUUGCUGAAGAAUCCGAGAGCAAACGAGGAGGCCAAGUUAUUUCGCUCAUCCACGGCUUCUCAUCAUCACACGGUGAUCCCAUGGUUGCAGCAUUUGCUGAGCGUCUCUUGGUUCAUGUUACACGUCCGUUUUAUGAUAUCCUGCGUCGGUGGAUCUACGACGGCGAGCUUCUUGACCCGUACUGCGAAUUCUUUGUCAAGGAGCAAGAGCAAACAGAUGAGCCUAAGACGGGCGGCAGCAGCGUCUGGGAAGAUAAAUACGAGAUUGACAAAGACAUGGUUCCCAGCAUCAUUACCCAGGACUUCGCUCAGAAAGUCUUCCUCAUUGGCAAGUCUCUCAAUUUCAUCAGACACAGUUGCGGUGACUCGCAAUGGGUCGAAGAUUACUCGAAAGCAGCUUCAAAAGAACUGCGAUACGGAGACACUGCUACGCUCGAAGCGUGGAUUGACGAAGCCUACAAAACCACGAUGAAGCGCCUCAUCGAUUUAAUGGCGAAUAAAUUCCAUCUGUUUGAGCACCUUCAGGCCCUCAAGAAUUACAUCCUUCUUGGGCAGGGUGACUUUAUCGCUCUGCUCAUGGAGUCCCUUGCCGCGAACCUGGACCGUCCUGCUGGUGCGCAAUACCGGCAUACUUUGACAGCUCAACUUGAGCAUGCCAUCCGCGGAUCAAAUGCACAGUACGACUCCCCCGAAGUACUCCGUCGCCUCGACGCUCGUAUGCUUCAGCUGUCGCAUGGUGACAUUGGUUGGGAUUGCUUCACGCUCGAAUACAAGGUCGACGCUCCUGUGGACGUUGUCGUUACCGACUGGGGUAAUCGCCAGUACCUGAAGGUUUUCAACUUCCUUUGGCGCAUUAAGCGUGUCGAAUUCGCACUCGCUUCUACCUGGCGAAAGUGCAUGACCGGCUCUCGUGGCGUGCUGCAGAAUUCCGAUCCGAUGGUAGUCCAAACCUGGAAGUCCACACGCGGUGUUCUUGCGGAGAUGGUACACUUCAUCGGCCAGCUCCAGUACUACAUUCUCUUCGAAGUCAUCGAGUCAUCCUGGAAUGAGCUUCAGAAACGCAUACAUCGCGAAGGUUGCACACUUGACGACCUUAUCAAGGCACACACCCGCUACCUUAACGAUAUUACUCACAAGGGUCUCCUCGGCGCAAGACGCAGCGUCCGCCACGCUGACGUCGCUACCGGCGAAGAUGACCGCACCUCAUACCUUUCGCAGCUCGGCGACCUCCUGCGCGCCAUGCUUAGCUAUCGCGACUCUGUUGACGGUCUCUACAGUUGGAGCGUCUCCGACUUCACGCGGCGGCAAGAGGCUGAUGUCAUGCGGAUCUCGACCCGUGCGGCUCGCCACCAAAAGAAGCCCUCAACCCCAGGCCCUGACGGCGACGACGAGAGCCCGUCUGUCGCGUCUGAGUUCCCGGUUCUCCAAGAACGUCUGCGGCAACUGGGCGCCACGUUCCGCUCACGUCUGCAAAUCCUCCUGGGCGACCUCGCCUACCAGCCAGACGUUGAUAUGCGUUUCCUCGGAGUCGCGAUGAACUUUAACGACGUCUACCAGCCAUCGCGAAGAAAGUCCAAGACCGUAUCCAGCGCCUCCGCCAACACUUCCAGAGCGUGA